AUGCUCAUCUCAAUCGUAGUUGCUACACUUCUAAUAACAGUAAAGAUCGCACAAACAGAUAGUCUUAAAACUACAUUACCCGUGUCGAUGAUACUCGAUGGAUUUACAUUAGAACAAUGGAAUGAACGUUCAUUGUGGAAUCAAACUUGUCCCAUUAUUGUUCAUCAUUUAAACGAAUUCUGUAAAAAAGAUUAUCUUUGUGAUGCCGAAUAUGGAAUCGCCAAUGUACAUCUAAUGCAUGCCGUUCAAUACAGUUUAGCAUCGAUUCAAUUGAAUAUAACAGCAGAUAAACCUGUGCUAUCAAUGACUACUCGCAUGGGUAAUACACUUUCCUUGUACAAUUACACCGGAUUAUUAACAAGAGCGUUACUUCAAACGAAAGUUGAUAUCGAACGUUCGAAUGAACGUCAUUUGUUCUUUACUUCCAACUAUUCCAAUGAGAAUUCAUUCGUCAGUCGAACAAGUCGUUUGUUAUUUGUUCUUCUAGGAAUUCUUCUUGUUGCUACGGUAUUUGGAUUGACUGUUUUAUUCUUUCAAAGAAUUCGUCAACAUAGUUAUUCAAAAUUACUUAAAAUUCCACGAAUCUACCAAACUACUCAAGACGAACCAUUAACUGACGCACCAUCAACAGCUGCCUUGCAUCAAUAG